UUGUGCUCUCUGCUGAGUGUCAACACACUUCAACAGCGGUGCAGCUGAGGAAAGAGAAGAGGACUGGACUAAGUUUCCAAACAGCUGACAUCAUGAGAACAGUUAUUACCUGGCAGUGGGUUUUCAUACAUCUUCAAUGUUUCCUGAUUGGCAGUUUAGUUGACUCCUCUUCCCUGUCCUCCGCCACCAACUUCCUGUCCGUCACUUCCACGGUGGGGAACCAGGUGGUUCUUCCCUGCAGCUGGAAGCCACGCCUGGGGGAAGUGGCCCCGUCCGCCUGCCACAUCCAGUGGACCACCCUGGCCGACACCGUGUUUGAGCAGCGGGGAGGGCGGAAGUGGCAGGCGGAGGAGUUUGAGGGCCGGGUGGAGGUUCCUGAGGAGAAGCUCGGGUCCGGGGACUGUUCUCUGAUCAUCAGAGAUGUUCAGAUCGGAGACACAGGGCGAUACGAGAGCUUCAUGGUGGUGGACGGAGUGAGGUCCACAAAAAUGAAAGUCUUCAUUCAGAGCGUCAAGCUGUCUGUGUUCGACCACAAGUCUCGUCAAUCUCAGGCUCCAGGUGAGGACUUGGUUCUGGAUCUCCACACCCGUCACUCUGUGAGAGUGAUCUUCCAGAACAGGAACAGCUCAGUGUCAACGGACCUGUGGAUGAGGGGGGAUGAGAACAGUCUGCGUCUGGAGGAAAAUCAAGUGAAAGAGCAGCUGACGAUAAAGAACUUAAGGCGCUCAGACGAGGGAACGUACAAAGUUCUGGAUGAACGGGGCCUCGUCAUCAGCACCGUGCAGCUCUCUGUGGAAGACGGCUCCACAGCUCUCAAAGUCCACCAGUUUAUGGAAAAGGAAAUAACAGGUGACGCUGCCGAAAGCAGUUGUUCCGCUCUUCUCGUCUUGUUUGGUCUUGUCCUGAGUUUCCAAUUUUCUCAUCUGCUCUGAGGCAAUCUCUGCAAAAUAACAACACUGUACAUUUAAACGUUACAUUUAAAUAAUUUAUUAUGUUUCUAAACUGUAAAAUUCAACCUGAGUGAAGUUUCCAGUUAACAAUGUGUGGUGUUGUGUCAAGUGAGGUAGGGAGUGACAAAUGUGAGUUUGUGUGUAAGUUUUGAGUUAAAGAAAAAUCUGUGUUUUAGUUUGACAAAGUGACGUCUGAAACACAACUCUGGAGCCAAAAUCUGAAUACCACUCGAUGUAAACUGGACAUGCUAAUGCAAGAGUCUUUGUGAAUGUGAAUAAAUUUGGGAAAAUCCUAAGUUAACCGCCGCACACUGAAAUGACUUCACUGUGACCUUUUAUUAAGAGCGAACAACACGUUUCACCUUUAGCCGCUUCAGUUUCAGGUUCGCGCAGCAAAACUCCAGGAGUAACUCACAGAUGUGAUACAUACAUAUGUGUCACAUGACUAAUUAUCACAGUCUUCAAUUUGUCAGUUUUUAAUAUGUUUCAAUAUUUUUCUUCAAAAGGUUAAUAUUUUUCAAAAAACAAUGUAAUAAUAUUACACAAAGCUACAUUUUCAAAAAACAAAAGGAUUACAAAAAUACAAUUUUUCAUAAAACAACAAAUGUAUUUUGCAAAAUUACAUUUAUACAAAAACAUGGCAUUGUUAAUGUUACACAGUUACAAGAAUUCUUCAUCAAAAUAAUCUGAAUACUUCUUGUAACUAUGUAAUAUUAACAAUGCCAACAAUGUGUUUGGAAAAAUGUAAUUUUGUGUAAUAUUGUCAUGUUUUCUAAAAAAUGAAAUUUUGUGUAAUAUGUUUUUUGGCUAAUGUAAUUUUGUGUAAUGUUUUUUGAAAAAUAUUUACCUUGGAGAAAAAUUAUUUUUUUUUAAAAAUGACAAAUAGAAGACUGAUAGUUAGUCAUGUGACUAUACAUGCCUGUGAGUUACUCUUGUAGUUUUGCUGAAUGAACCUGAACCUGAAGCAGCUACAGGUAAAACGCGUUGUUCGCUCUUAAUAUAAGUCACAGUGAACUCAUUCCAAUGUGUGGUGGUUAAUUUAUGAUUUUCACUUGAGAUGUUCCUGCGACCAACCACCACCUGAACACUAAUACUGUUGAGUUAUUUCCAGUUAAUACAUUUGUUUGAUUAAUCUGAUAAUUUUUAUAUCGAUCUUAAUUUAAUUUGCAGUAUUAGGUCUCUACAAACGAUGAUGCAGCAGCUGAGGCAUAAUGCAUUUACAUGCAGGUGUGCUUGUUCGUAUCAGAAAGUGAGGAUUAACUUUUCUUUUCUUUUUUUUUUUUUUUAGUAGUUGGUUUGGACAGUAGCUGAAAAUAGAAAUAUUGCUUUGUGUCAGUUUGUUAAUUCCAAUCUUGGAUGAUCUGAUGUGUACUGAAAAAAAAAACUUUUUUUGUUCAAUACACAUUGAGCAAACAUUGGAGUUCAACCAAUUAAAUAGAAAUAAAAUAAUGAUUGAGCUAAGUUUUGGACUAUUGAUCAGACAAAACAAGAGAAACUAAUAACUACUAAAAUAAUUUUUUAUAGGUUUAAGAAACCAAAAGUUUAUUUGAUUAGGAAUAUGAUUUUAGGAUUAAUCCACGAGGCGCAUAUUUAGUGGACACUCAAUAUAUUAGCUACACCGAGCUAAAACUAAUCCAGUCUAUUGUAUUGUCUUAUAUAAAUGAUGUGAGUACUUCUUCUACAACUGAGUAUAUGUCAUGUAAAAGCACUAGCACUAAUGUGGCAGUAUAAUGUAACAUAUGCUACUACAACUAAAGUCCCUAAUUUACAAAAUCUUCUCAUUCAGUGCAAAUAAAAUGUUAAUCUGUAAAGUAAUCACAGCUUUCAGAUAAAUGUAAUUGGGUAAAAGUAUUUCCCUCUCUAUAAAGCAGCAAAUUUUAAAGACUUAAUGAUUAGUCAAGUAAUUGAAAAAUAAUAUGCAAAUUAGUCAAUAAUGAAAACAAACAGUCUGAAACCAAGAAAAUCUGUCUAAAAAGUAACUGAAUGAUUGGAGAAAUGGAUUUUAUUAUAAUUAUUAUUUACAUGUGAAAUAUGUUUUGUAGUUAAUGAGCUUUUUUGCUGUGGUUUGUUUGGUGUGAUUAUGUGCGUAAAUGUUUGGUUACAGUCACAACAUUGGACUACUGAACAGCUUCCAGUAUCUGGUCUUUACUCUGUAUUUCAAUUCAUUCUAAACUAAAAUUAAAUAAAAAGUAGUUGAAUAAUAAAACAAGCAAACGCAAA